GAGUCACCAAUUAAACACAAACCCAGACGUCUCUCCUUCCUCACUGCCCAAACUAAACCCUUAAUUUCUUCUUACCUGUUUCUGAUUCUCGGCACAAAGAAGAAGGGAAAAAGUAAAAGAGAGAAAAAUGAGUUCAACUGCGAGAAGAGCUUGGAUUGCAGCUGCUAGCAUUGGAGCUGUGGAGGCGUUGAAAGAUCAAGGGAUCUGCAGAUGGAACUACGCCCUCAGGUCACUGCAGCAGCAUGCCAAGUCCAACAUGAGAUCCUAUAUUCACGCCAAGAGGCUGUCUGCUCCAUCCUCUUCUAUGGUGUCUAGUAAGAUGAGAGAAGAACAGAUGAAGCAAUCUGAGGAAUCAUUCAGAAAAGUUAUGUAUUUGAGCUGUUGGGGUCCCAACUAAUGUUGUACAUAUUUCUUCCAAAAUUUAAUUAGUAUUUUAAAAGAUGGCUCUGCCUAUCUGCCCUUUUUCAUUUCA